GAAAAUUUUAGCGAUACAUCAACGGAUAUGAAAGUAUUUAUAGGAAAUGUCUUUGUUCGUUAUAUCAAAAUAUUAAUGUAAUUUUUAAAAUUGUCUAGAAGAGCAAGAAGAAAAAAGAGAAAAGAAGGGAAAUUUUGGAAGCCUUCCAAUUAUGUUCCGCAAAAAAAAGUGAACAUUUAUCUGAUGGUCAACUAAUCGAAAAAUUUCUUUCUUUCAUUAAACCAGGAAAUGAAAAAACAGGCCUUUAUUUCUCAUAAUGAAUAUAACGAUUCAGUAUUGGAUGACCUGCGGAAAGGCAGCGAUUUAUCGCACAAAGAAUACUCUGAUGAAGCAUAUUUAUCAGAAAAAAUAGAUGAAAUGAAGAAUACACCUAUAAAUGACACAAAGUUCGAGGAAAUGAGAAAAGACAGGGAAGAAGACGUAUAUCGAAGAAAAUUUUUACAAGAAUACACAAAUGUAAGCUCAAUCACGUCAUUCAUCUACUUGAAAAUGAGGGAGAUAGUGAAUCCUACUCAAAGGGAUCUGUUACAACUAUUCGGAAUCGAUUUUUUCUCCUUGAAAUAUGUUAUUAAAAACAAAAAAGAGACGUAUUUUUUUAUAUGUGUCCAAUCGGAGUUUUAAGAGGUGAAACAAGCCCUCAAAGGCUAAUCUAUAUUUUUAUUUUCAUU